AUGUCCCAGCAUACCAACAUACAAGAUCUAAGGGUAUUUGUGGGAACAUGGAAUGUAGGAGGUGAAGCACCCCACACUCACAGUAGCCUCAAUUUGGAUGAAUGGGUACAGCCAUCAUCAGCUCCUGCAGACAUCUACGUUUUUGGGUUUCAGGAAAUCGUCCCUUUGAAUGCUGGGAAUGUUUUGGGUGUAGAAGACAAUGGCCCUGCUGCAAAAUGGUUGGCCCUUAUUCGCCAAACAUUGAACAAAAACACAAAUCAAAUCAAUUCAAGUGGGCCAAAUUACUGUCUGGUAGCCAGCAAACAGAUGGUUGGCAUUUUUCUGUGUGUGUGGGUGAAAAGUGAUCUGAGACAGCAUGUCAGAGAUAUAAGAGUCUCUUGUGUUGGUUGUGGGCUAAUGGGUUACCUUGGCAACAAGGGUUCUGUUUCGAUCAGCAUGUUAUUCCAGCAGACAAGCUUCUGCUUUGUUUGUACUCAUUUGACAUCAGGAGAGAAAGAAGGUGAUGAGAUACGGAGAAAUUCUGAUGUGAGGGAGAUCAUAAAGAAGACCCACUUUCCCCAAACAGACAAGAUUUUCUCUGAGAAAAGUCCAGAAAGAAUUUUGGAGCAUGAUCGAGUUAUUUGGCUUGGAGAUUUGAAUUAUCGUCUUGCACUUAACUAUACUGACAGCAAAGAUCUCAUGAAAAAAAAUAGCUGGGAAACCCUGUUGGAGAAAGAUCAGCUUCAAAAUCAGAAAAAAGCAGGACAUAUAUUUGAAGGAUGGAAUGAAGGAAAAAUAUAUUUUCCUCCUACUUACAAGUACUGCACAAAUUCAGAGCAAUAUACUGGAGAAAAUCUGAAGUCAAAGGCAAAGCGACGCACACCAGCAUGGUGUGACCGAAUACUUUGGUAUGGUAAAGGCUUAAAACAAGCCUUUUAUGUUCGUGGAGAGUCAAAAUUUUCUGACCAUCGACCUGUAUAUUCAAUUUUUAUUGCGGAUGUGGAACUUGUCAACACUAAUAAAAUAAUGGAUGCAAAUUUGGAUAUUCAAGGUUACAUAAGAUUUCAACCCUUCUUUAAUUGGUUUGAAAAAAGUUGA